CCGUGAAACAACUUGGGGCCAGAACUUGACCAUAUGUUUUAUCGAUGUCAAUUUCAGUCGUGUCUGCACAUUUAAAUCUGCCCUGCUCAGGAAGCAUUGCUUUCUCUAGCCGUCUCUUUUUCCACUGGUUUGAUCUUGUCUCUUACAAGAUCCAUGACUCCUCUACAAUCAAUUGGGCUUUUUCUGGUGGGCUGUGUCGCUGCUUGGGCCACUUUGUUCAAGCUUCCGGGAAGUUCUGCUCCUUUGGAGAAUGCGGUAGUUUUAGGUACCGGAGAGCAGCAGUGGGACAUCAACGUCCCACCAUCCGAAAACAUUACCGGGCAUCUCAUAUUUCAAAGUGUGAGCUCACUACUACAGCAUUGGCCUAAUACGCGCUAUCGAAAUGGUCACACAAUCGUACCAGGAUGGGUACCCAUAGGGACCAUCCUCUACCACGGGCGGUCAGAUCCGAACUAUCCUAAAGGAGCAGAGUGGACUGCGACCGACCCAGAGCACUCGUUCCAGUUCUGCAAGCGCCCGUGCUGGCAUCUGACCGUCGUCACCACUCGGCCAUUGAAAGUCUUGUAUUUCGACGGAAGUAGUGCGGUAAAGAUGCAUGGAGGGUCAAUGGAUAGUCAAGAUAUAUUGCUUUGGGGAGGGAGGAAAGCGGAGAUGGUGUUCAGUGAGGAGGAGCGGUUAAACCAACUCUGUAAGUGGGGAAGGGAGUUCGAAAUGGAUGGCUUCGUGAGGAUGGAAAUGAACUUUGAAGUGAUGCUCUGCGAUUUUGAAUCUGGCGUCGAAACAGUUUCCUUUAUCCAUCUCGCAAAUAGCUCUCCUUCGGAUCCCAAACCUCCGUCGACAAACAACGAAGCGCUGUCAGACGGAGUGGAAAUUGAGACUGACUCCGAAAUGGACGUGUGGAGUGGUGGCGGUCUCAACCCUGCGGUUACCAUUAGGAAUUUUGAGCUCAUGCAUUCGAGCUCCCAGUAUAACCAAUAUCCGGGAGACACCCGCAUUAAACUUGACCUCACUCGACUGGUCAGUUUCUAUGAUCCGGAACUAGCGCCGUCGUUGAUACGAAUGCGGAAUAGUUACAAUGACAGCAGAUGGUUGUACGAUUUAGCCACAAUCGCACCAGCGGACGUCUCCACCCUCCAUCAGAAACUCCGUGCGGCAUUAGAAGUCCAAGAUAAUUUGACGAGGGUCACCAGCGGCGUGGAUUGGCAAACAUUAUUUCGGGUCGUUAUCAACCGCUUCGGGUCGCGCUUACAGAAUUUGCGUUACGUUGUUAUAGGCUCUGCUCGUCACUCGGGGUCAACGAUCUUGGACGAUGAGGAUCGGGUCCUGAAAGCCUUUGCACAGAUCAAUGUCAUGCUCACUCCGUACGUCCAUUACGACCUUAAACCGAAUGUAGCUGCAGAUCUCCGAGUCGCGGAACGUGUGGAUCAUAUAACCUUAGCUUGGGCUUCACCCGCAUAUGAACUGUGCAGUACCAUUCAUACAUCGUACAUUGCAAAGAGUCUUUCAGGAAGAAUGACACAUUCGGAGAGGCUACUGUUGGGCGCAGUGCAAGAUACAACCAAGGAGAUUUGUAGAGUUUUAGUGAAGAUGUGGGCUACCGGAGUAGAGGCUGGUUUGGAUGCAAAGUAUUGGGUGCGUCGACCAGGGCGGCAGGAAAAACGGGAUCACCAUGAUGACAGGUUCAGUGCCCUGGCGAGACAGUGGUCCGUAGAGAUAGAGCAUUUGAUGGACUGGCUCGACUGGCAUGCGUGGGUGAGCUGUAGUCCAGCUUGUAGUGAUGAGGAAAUGUGUUACAUGCCGACUUGGCCUUUUUUCGGUGGUCCACCUCCCGGUCCUGCUAUGAGUCCAGAAUCAGGCACUUCUUUUGAGACGAAUCCAGAAAGUAGCUCGGACAAGAGCAAUGAGUGGGCAAGACCUAUGCCAAAGUGUAUUAGGAAAAUAGCACCUUAUUCAUUCUAAUAUCUCGCGUUGAACGUGUGCCUCUCGCAGGUUCGCAAUGCAACUAACGGGGCCUGGACAUGACGCGGA